AUGGAGAGUCGCCAGCUGACCAUCUUCAACAGCCAGGCGUUCAUCAAAAUUGGUGGCAGUGGAGAGAAGGGACGCCAUUUCCAGGGCCAGAUCUCAGGCCUGUACUACAAUGGCCUGCAGGUGCUCAAACUGGCAGCUGAGGGCGACCCCAAUGUCCAGACCCAGGGCAACCUGCGGCUGGUGGGUGACGUGCCCUCGGUGCUCACUACUGACACCACCUCCACUACCCCACUGGCUGAUAUGUCCACCACAAUCAUGGAGACAACCACCACCAUGGCUACAACCACCACCCGCAAACAGCGCUCUACUUUGAGGGACAGUGUCACACAGAAUGCGGAUGACCUCUUGGUAGCAUCAGCUGAGUGUCCUAGCGAUGACGAAGAUUUAGAUGAGUGUGAGCCUGGAAAUGGAGGUGAAUUAGUGUUGCCCAUAAUAACAGUGGACUCCCUAGACCCCCCAUCAAUCGCCACCCGCUACCCAGUAAUCCCCCCACCCCCUACCACCUACCGCCCUUUCCUCACCCUGCUCGAAACCACCAAAGAGUCCCUCCCUUUGCCCAAUGGCCGACCCCCCUGCCCCUUGGACCAGGAGGACUGCGAGGAGACCAUCGAGGUGUCGGCAUAUGGCUCGGGGGAGAUGACCGAGUCGGAUGACGAGGACUAUUACAAAAACUCCCCCCUGGUCACCGACAGGACUGUCCUUCCUCCUCCUCCAGCCGUUGAGGGCGGUGUCCAGAACCCCCGAGACCGCCAUUUUUCCCGCUUUCCCAACUCCCAUCGCCCACCUCUCUCCUCCACCCCUACGGCCAACCCCGACCAGCUCAGCCCGCGCAUCAAGUCGGCCGGCGGCGGCAGCAGCAGUAGCAACAACAAAAUCCCCGCCGGGAAAAUGAACACCCGGGACCAAGUGCUGCUGCCGCCGGCCCAUCCCUCGUCAGACCCAGGCCAUCGCAGAGUCCCAGGAAUAACCUACCCCCCAAAUUUCCCCCAUGUUCCCACUCCAGACCCCACAUCUCCUGAGAGAGGUCUUCCGGGUGCCGUGGAGGUGCAGCAGUCCAGUAGCACCACAGGAAUGGUGGUGGGCAUCGUUGCGGCCGCCGCCCUCUGCAUUCUCAUCCUGCUCUACGCCAUGUACAAGUAUCGCAACCGCGACGAGGGCUCCUACCAGGUGGACCAGAGUCGCAACUACAUUAGCAACUCAGCCACACAGAGUAACGGAGCGCUGGUGAAGGAGAAACAGCCCAGCACUGCCAAGACGGUCACCAAGAACAAGAAGAACAAAGACAAAGAGUACUACGUCUGAGGAGCACCGCCGUGACACACAGAGACAGACAGAAGACGCACUUAGAGAAGGAAAGAGAUGAGGGAGAAAGAGAGAGAGAGAAAAAGGCAGUAUAUGGAAAAUGACAAACACCACAUUGAGGGUAAUUCAUUUAAUACUCAGUAUUGUCCGGUGGCCAUACAUGUUACCAAUUCCAGUCUAAUCAGAGGGAGCCAGCAAAGUAAGAUGGCAAGAUCAUCAUGGUUCUGUUCACACCUUUCAGCAUUGCUUUGAUUGAUUUUACUUCUUAUUAACCAUGGUCUGGCUUUAAGGAAAGGCUAUUACACCUCAGAUCAUAACACAUACUGUGCCAACAACCGUGUACCAAAUGCUGAUAAAACAGUGAUUUAUGGAUUAGCACUUGAUAGGUUAUUUAAUAUCGUGAGUACUGUAAGAAAGCACCACCAUCAGUAUUUGUGUCAAGGUCUGUACUUCAUUCUGAGGCAAGCUUGUGGUGUAAGCCGUCACCUUGGACAGUAUCAACAUAUUAUUUUCCAACUAGGCUUGAAUUAGCAACUCGACAUCCAUCUGUAAAAUCAAUAUACUGCCAGCUUACAGAAACACUGUGUCUAAUACAGCUCUCCCACCGCUGUAAGUGUUCAACAUCUCUGAUCCCUCACCUCUUGUCAGAUCUCUCUCUCUCUCUCUCUCUCUUCCUGUCAUUUGCUCCUGUUUCUCUCCUUGUCUACGGUGCUCAGCAGCUGAUGCAACGUCAACUCUGCCGUGUUUCAAGCAUGUAGUAUUCAUUUACGAAAAAGAGAUAAAAAACUGUUUUUCUUUCUGUGGAGUUUAAAAAACAAAAAAUAUGACGAUGAUUGAUGAUCAUAACAACGUUAAACGUAGCAACUAUGUGAGAUACCACCGCUCCAAACUAUGGAUGCUAACUUGUACGUUUAUCCGCCAAAACUUGUUGAGGCCAAUACCCCUUGGUCAUCUUUUGUUCCAGCAGAUCUAUGUCAUGUGUUUCUGGGGCCUUGAGGCGCCCCCUAGUGGGCCAGCAGAGAAACUGUGUCACGUCCUUACAGUUACUAAUAACCGAAAAACAGAAAAAACCUCCAGCAAACAAGAUGAACUCUGUUCUAUAUAAUUAUAAAUAUAUGUAUAGACGUUGCAGAAACCUAUGGACCUAAAGUGUGAGCGAGUGGGAAAGUGAGAGUACGCUGAUAAUGCGCAGCGCAGACGGACUGUAGGAUUUUUGACGUCAGAACAGUUUCACCACCCAGACCCCCGUUUCCCAGACCCCACUCCUCUCAUGAACAGUGCGGCUGAUGCAAUGCCUUGCUGCGAGACUCAGUCACUUUGGUUUGCUCUUCUUUCUUUUUUUUUAUUCUUUUCUCUGGGGAAAUGAGAGACAUUUUAGGGAAAUUCUGAAUUCAUUCUUGCUGGAGUUCCACUGUGGAGAGAGAUACCUCGCAGCUGAAAAAGCGACUGUGUCUUUCGCCCCUCUCUAGCCUGACUGGACUGAUUGCAGCCAAUGGGCAAAGCAAACUUUGUGGGAAGAGCACACAAAUAAAAGGUGAACGGCAGUUCCCUGGAAGACGUACAACAGAACUCUAGUAUUCCAAUUUUCUCAUCUCUAUUAAAAAAGGAAACUGUACCAUGAAAAGAAAAGAAAAAUCCUGAAAAAAGUUUGUGAAAUGUCUAAAUAUUUGACUCUCAUCCCAUUACUAAGAGAAAUACGUUUUCCCUGCUAUCAUUCCUGUUUGGAGAAAAAAAUGACUAUGAUUCUGGGAAACUGAAAUUUCUAUGUAUUUUCUUUUGGUAAUUGAACAAAUGUAAUUUGGGUUAUGAUCAUGAAACCACACAUUCUCCUUUUCCAGGGGAGAAAAGUUCCUCUCCUUUUAUUCCAUCCUACAUCUGUCAUCUUAAACCUAAGUCCAUACCUUGUGGAGAAAGCAGGCUCUAUCCAUCCUCAAUGUUUUUAUUUGUUUUAUAUCUAUUUCUGUCUGUAUGGCUAGAGACAAGAUGGCAGCCAUUUCAUUUGACAGGCUCCAUCAGUUCACCCUCCUGCCACGUUUGUCUCUCUUUCGCCAUUCCAAGCAUACUCCUCCCACUAUCUUCCUGUUCUUUCUAAAUGUUAUUGUAAAGUGUUCCAGUGAGAUGACUCUAAAUAUGUGUACAUUAUCAGAGGGAAUACACUUGGUUAUAUACUUCUUA